CGUUGUCGUCCCUCUACUCUCCAACGAGCCAAAACGUCGUCCCUCUACUUGGCUUUUUUUGUUCGUUGUCGUCCCUCCCCUAACACCGUCCAUGUUGCCGUCACUGCUGACCGUUAAGUCCCAAACGGUCAGCAGUUAAACCCAUUUCUUUUUUUUUUAUUCCACAUAUGCUGCCUCACUCAGCCAGCAGAGCAGCCAUGCUGGUCAGGAUCAACACCCUCCUCCAGGGAUACUCUGGCAUUCGAUUUGAAAUUUAGAGGCAAUCACAAAGUUCCUCAACCAGAACAUCACUCCAUGCUUGCCACUCCGCGGCACAAUCACUGCCUCCGGUGAUCUCGUUCCCCUGUCCUACAUAGCUGGAUUGCUUACGGGCCGUCCAAAUUCUAAGUCGGUAGGACCCAACGGAGAAACCCUCAAUGCCAAGGAAGCCUUCCGGCUAGCUGGAAUCGAAUCGGGGUUCUUCGAAUUGCAGCCAAAGGAAGGACUUGCUUUGGUCAACGGCACUGCAGUUGGGUCCGGUUUGGCCUCAAUUGUUCUCUACGAGGCAAACAUACUUGCUGUCCUAUAGGAGAUUCUAUUGGCAAUAUUCGCUGAAGUGAUGAACGGGAAGCCCGAAUUCACAGACCACUUGACCCAUAAAUUGAAGCACCAUCCCGGCCAAAUUGAAGCAGCCGCGAUAAUGGAGCACAUUCUCGACGGCAGCUCUUAUAUCAAAGCCGCCCAGAAAUUGCACGAAAUGGAUCCCCUGCAGAAGCCAAAACAGGAUCGCUACGCUCUGAGGACUUCUCCCCAAUGGCUUGGCCCCCAGAUUGAAGUGAUUCGAUUUGCAACGAAAUCAAUCAAAAGGGAAAUUAAUUCCGUCAACGACAACCCUCUGAUCGAUGUCUCCAGAAACAAGGCACUGCACGGCGGUAACUUCCAGGGGACCCCGAUUGGAGUCUCCAUGGACAAUUCCCGUCUGGCAAUUGCAUCCAUAGGAAAAUUGAUGUUUGCCCAAUUCUCGGAGCUCGUGAAUGAUUUUUACAACAACGGGCUCCCGUCGAAUCUGUCCGGUGGCUGGAAUCCGAGCUUGGAUUAUGGUUUUAAGCAGUGUUAUCAAAAUCGCGUUUUAUAUCUUAAAAUCUUAAGAUUUUACGAUAUUAGGUAUGGAUUCCGAGUAAAAUCGACUUUAAAAUCGGGUUUUCAUAAAAUCGGAUGAUAAAAACGUGAAAGCGCGUUCUUUUCGUAAAAUCGUUUGAAAUCUCGAUUUCACUUUCACAAAAAUUGAAGAAGAGAUUUCCAGAAAUUUGCCGCAGGGGAGGGAAAGAUUUUGGAUUGUUGCGGUGCCGGCGUGCUGCUGUUCACUGCCACUCCUCACAUGUCAGGCACUGGCGGGAUGGAAACCUAUUUGGUGACCCAAAUCAUGUGGAGCCAGCCUUACAUAGUAGGAUUUGGUUGCUGCUGCUCACUGCUCAAGCAAAGAAGGAUAGAAUUUGUUGCCAGAAAAAGGAGUAGAUAAGGAUCAGGAGGCGGGCUUCAAUGGAGAAAAAUGGUAGAAAAAGAAGGAAGAUGAUAAGGCGAAGAAGGUGAAAGAAUGGAGGGGUACUCCUUUUAGUGGGUAGUAUGUUGACACGUGAUUGGUGUUCUUUUUUGGGCAGUGCUUGCUGUUUUUUGGGCAAUGUUAGCUAUUAGAUUUAGGGGCACUCGCCUCCUGCA